AUGGACAUCAAUCCAGGUCAUAUGAAUUUAAAUCUGAGAGGAGGAGGAGGGUGCUGUGGUUUCCUUUUAAAUGCAUGUAUAAAAAAGGAUACAAGGAGAUUGAAUAAUAAUAAAAAUCCUAUAAUCGAUAUUAUAAAAGAAGAGGCUAAUAGUUUAAAGCAAUUAAUAAGUAGUUAAUAAAACUCUCCUUAGAUGCUAUAAAAAGCAAAGGAAUCUAUUAACAAAUUGUAUAUUGAGAAUAACAAUUUAUAACUAAAUUUUAUUAGAACCAACAGCUAUUACUAAAUUUCACCCUAAAAUGAGGGUGAUAUUUAUGAAAUAUUAUUGAACUGUCUUAUCUCUUUAGAUGGCUUUAUUAAAAUUUCAAAAAUUAAAAGCCAUUAACUAAUUUAUCUCUGUCUUGAUUUAUUCUACUUCAUAUAUUAAAUUCAAUUUAGAGACAAAAAUUUCUUUUUGAAUAAUUAGUAUUGUGAUUAAUACUCUAUUGCUAUUGAGAAUUUAAAAAUAACAGCACAACAGGAUUACAAAUAUGAAAUAUCAAUUAUUCAUAUUGCUUUUGAAAAAUGUAGAAAGAAUAAUCAAAUGACUUUUUGUGAUUCUAUUAAGGAGAAGUUAUUUCUUUCUUUAGAAUCAUUUGAUAUAGUUAAGCAUUUCGAAGAAAAUAAAGAUUUAUUAAAUUAUAAUUAUGAGUAAACUGAUAUAUCAACCAAAGAUUUUUAACUAUAUAGCUUUUAUUAUGUCAUAAAAUGGUCUAUAUUGAAAGAUGUUUAGAAUUACUAUAACAAAACUCUUGACGAACCAAUUAAUAUUCUUUAAUAUACUUUUUCUUAGCAUUGUUCGAAUAAAUAUUCUUUUAUUCUUCAAAAAUAUUGGAUUUAAAUAAUAUUUGAAUUAAUUGCUUAAGCAAAAUUUUAACCUAUUGAAAAUGAUGAAAAUUCUAAAUUAGUUCAAAGUAAAUUUUAGAAAUUAUCUGAAAUUUUAAUUGAAUAAUAUUUGAAAUUCUAUGUUAAACUUGAAAUAAAGGAUACUAAUCGAGAAAACUUAAUAAUCGAUCCUAAUUAUUAAACAGUUGUAUUGAUAUAAAACUAUAGUUAAACUUUAAGAGAUAUAAUUGAGAAAAUAAAAUUAAUAAUUUUGAAACUUAAAACUAAAUAAAAUUAAGACUUAUUGGCUAAUUUAAAAUAAGAAUAUUUUGAGUUUAUAUAUAUAUCAAAUCAAAUUUAUUAAUCUUUUUUAGUAGAAAUAGAAAAAAUUUAAUUAGUAGACAAAAUUUAAUUUAAUGAGGAUAUUUAAUUCAAAGAUGGAAUUUAAAUAACUAUUUAAAAUUAUAUUAAUGAAAUUUAGGAUAGUACUAAAUGGCUUUUUUAGUUUAUUAUUAAUAUAGAAGAUUAAAUUAAGAAUCCCAAUAGAGAAAUGAGAAUUGAUUUUAAAAAACUUAUAGCAUUUCCAUAGAGUUUUUAUUCUAUAAUUGAAUAACUUAUAACAAAGAAAGAAAAUUAAUAUUAUAAGUAUGAGAGCGAACGUUAUUUAUAGCAAUAAAGUUUAUAAAUCAAUAAAAAAUUAGAAAAAUAAGAAAUUCCUAUUUAAUCAGCUAUUUCAAUACUAUCUAUGAGGUUUAACGAUAGUAUUUUAAAUGAUAAUGAUUUUAGUCAAAUAGAUGAUGAUAAAAAUCUAUCAGGUGAAUUAACUUCAUUAGAUGAUUUAUAGAAAUUAUAAAUGAACUGUUUAAAAUGUGAUUUGAUAUUGAAAUAUAAAAGAAAACAUAAUACAAAUCAAAAGAAUAAAUUUGCUUAAUGUAGUAAUCAAUUAGAAAAAAUAAAUCUUAAUGAUUCAUAGUAUUUAAUGGAUAUUUUAUAGGCUGAAUAUAAAACUUUAGAGGUUAUCUUUUUAAAGAAAAAUAACAUAGAGAAAGUUAAAGAGUUAUUUGAAGAAUUCUAAGCUUUAAUUCAAAAAAACUAAAUAUCAAUUUCACAUAAACAAAUAGUUGAUGAUUAAAAAACAAGAUUGAAAGAGUUUUAUAGAUAAGUUUCUGAAAAAGUCUAAUAAAUUAUCCAUUCUUAAGUUAUCAUUUAUUCAUUUGAUUAAUUAAAGCCAGACUUGGAUGAAUUAAAAAAUUUAUAUUUAGAUAUUCUUUAGAAAUAAAGUAUAGAGGAUGUAAAAAUUAAAGUUGAGGAUACUUUAAAUUCUAAAAUUUUGAAAUCAUUCAAAGAAAACCUUAAUUUCUAAUAAUAGAAAAAAUCAACAACAAUAAAAAAUUUAAACAAUUAAAUUUCAUCAUUAUCUAAUUUAAUGUAGAAAGUGAAUAAUCAUAUCUAUAAUUUUAAGCAUAUAGAUAAUUAAGAUUAAAAAAAUAAAUAUCUAAAGGAAGCUUCUUUAGAUAUUAAAAAUUACAUUUAAAAUUAAAAAUUAAAUUAAUUAAGGGAAAAUGAAUAAAUGAUGGAAAUCCCUAAUUCUAAUAAAUAAAAAUUAGAUAAUUUUGUGGAAAAUAUAACUUUGGAUUAAUUAAAUAAAAUAGAUUUAAUUAAUUAUAUUUAACCACAAAAAAAAAACUUAAACCAAAUUGGGUAGUCUGGUAUUCAUAAUAUUAAUCUAAAAAAAAAAGGAAUUAUAUCUGAAAUCAAUUAAAUAAUAAAUCAAAAUUAUAUAUUAACUUCAUAAGAGAUAAUUAAUAAUAACAAUCUUUCCGCAUUAGAAUAUAUGUCAAAUAAAUUUUUGAUCAAUUAGGUUUUAUAAAAAAAUCCUGUUUCAUAGGAAUUAUUAAAUAAUAAAUAACCUGAUUGGAUUCAAGCGGUUAAAGAUUUGACUAAAAAAAAUCAUAUAGCCACUUUGAAAGGAUUACUAAAAGAUAUUAAAUAAUUAAUAGCUGACGUAAGUAUAUUAGAUGAAGAAAAUUAACAACUAAUGUGCGAUAUUAAUUAAUUAACAAAAGUUGUUAAGAAUACAAUGUCUAUAGUGACUUUUAUAGAUAGAAAUGAUAGAUAAGGUAAGGAAUUAUUCGAAGAAUUAAAUACAUUUGUUGAUGUAAUGUAAAAUAAACGAAAUUAAAAUGUUAAUUAGUAAAUAAAUGUAGAGAUAUAGAUGACAUAAUAUAAAGAUUGCAUUUUAAAAUACAAAUAAGAAGAAUAAAACAAACAAUAUCAUCUUGACAACUGUUAAUUUAAAAUUAAUCCAAUAUAUGUUGAAUAAAGAUUCAAAAUUAAAAAAUUUGAUUAAAAUAGGAAAAUUUAAUAAGAGUUCUUGUUUACAAAUUAACAAAAAAAUUUUGAUCAUGAAUGUUUAUAGGAGUUAAUAGAAUUUAUUCAGAAUACCAAUGGAUGGAGUGAAGUGUUUUUACUUUUUGGUCCAUAAGGAUCUGGCAAAAGUCGUGAACUAAGAAUUUUAUAAAAUAAAUUAUGGUAAGAAUAUAAUCAAUCUAAAUGGAUUCCUAUUUUUAUUUCUUUUUCUUAAAAUUCAAAUCUAGAGCACGUAUUUCUUAAAAAAUUAAAUGGGAUAUUUAAAGAUAAAAAUUUAUUAAGAUAAUUUUAAUCAGCAGUCAAUACUAAAGUAGAAAAAGUUCUAUUUUUAAUAGAUGAUAUUGAUGAAGUGUAAAUAGAUAAAUUAAAAUAAAAUUUAAUUAAACUUAAUUUUAAACAUUUAGGUUUUACAGAAAAUUUGAUUGGAAAAACAGUAAAAUUUAUUGUAUCAGCUAGAUCUUAACUUAAAGAUUAUUACGAUUAUUAAUUGUAUUUUGCAUAUACUAACAUUAAUACCAUAAUAGAAAUAGAAUUAUUGCCAUUUAAUGAUGAAUAAAAAUUGAAAUAUUUUUAAUUGAAUCACUAAAUAAGAAUUAAAAAGGUAUUAUUUAAUUAUUAUAUUAAAUAUAAUAAAAAUAAAGACAUUAAUGAAUUUGAAAAUAUAUGGAAACUUCUAGAAUUAGAUACUUAGAAACUUAUUGAUGAAUAAGAAAAAAAUUAAGUUGAUUAUCCUAGGGAUAGUAUAUCCAUUAAUUAAGAUUUUUAAUAAGCUAUUAUAUAAAGUCAACUGAUUGAAAAUAUUGAAUUUGACUUAUACAAUAAGAUAGCAAUAGAUAUAUCAAAAUUAAGAAGUUCAAGAAAUUAUUUAAAUAUCAUAUAGAAUCAUCAUUUUUAACAUCUUACCUAAUCACCAUUUCAGUUAGAAAUUUUUAUUUUGUUAUUUUCUAAAUUGCAAAAAUAACAUAAAGACCUUUAUUUUAAAGAAUAAUUAAAAUAAUAGUAUUUUAAAUUAUAACAGAAAUAUCCCUAAUCCUCAAAAUAAACUCAAAAUGUUAGUACUUCAUCAUUAAGCAAUUUGAUUUCUUUAAAACCAAUAAGUUAAUCUAAUGUGGAAGAAAAUUUACAGAAGAUAAUAGUAUAAUUAGAAGAAUAAAAUUUUUUUAGUCAAUAUGAAUAUUUCAACAUACUUAGUGGAGAUAAUAGAGGAAUUCAAAUGAAUAGUAAUGUAUAUAGCAUAAAAGCUAAUUCUAUCAUUGUAAUUGAAGCAUUAAGGGCUAAUAAUUUGACCAUGUUCUAAAUACUUCAAAUAUAUGUAGCUUCAUUUAACAAAAAGUAUACAAAAAAACUUGAAAAUGAGAUAGAAUCAUAUGAAUUUGACUAUGUCUUCUCGAAGGUUGAGAAAUUUUGUGAAUAAUUGGCUCUUCAAAUGACUUUUAAUAAUUUAACAUAAAUAGAAUUUGAUUAAUAAAAUUUGAAUGCUGAUGAUAUAGAUUAACAAUAAUAUUUGGAUGAAAAGAUAUAUAUUAAUCCAUUUUUAUUUAAUAAAUAAGGUAAUAAAUAUAUUUUUAAGUAUAAAAUGAUAUAAGAAUAUUAUUUUGCCAAAUUUAUUUUAAGGUUUUUUACAAAUGAAGUUGAUAUCAAUUAAAUAUGUUAAAGUGAAUUAAAUAAAGAGAAUGUGAAUCUAACUUUUAGUAAUUUUGCAGGUGCCUUAAAUAUUGUGAGAGAUCACCUUAGAAAAUAAGAAAAAAUUAGAGAGAAAUUAGUUUAAAUAAUAAAAAUGUCAAAGAAUUCAAAAUAUAUACGAAUAUCAUCUAAUUUAAUCUAUUUAAUGUCUUUUCUCGAUUUUAAUCUUGAAGGAGAGGAUUUAUAAAAUAUUUAGUUAUCAGAUACCAACAUUUCUGGAAUAAGUUUUUUAAAUUGCAACUUAAGUAAAUCUAAAUUUACAAAUGUAAUUAUCAAUAGAUGUAACUUUGAUUUUGCUUAAUUAAAUGAUGUUCAUUGGUCUAACAUUUAAAUUACAAAAAUUGCAAAUUUAGAUCAUGAAGAGAAUGUUGAAUAAGUGAUUUUUUCUCCUGAUGGAAAAUAAUUGAUUUCUCUUAGUGCUUUUUGGUUGAAAAUUUGGGAUUUUAAGAGCUUUGAUCUUAUUGAAAAAAUUGAAAAUCUAGAUAAAAAUAACCAUUUUCUUUCUUUUGCAAUAUCCAAUAAAUAAUCAUCUAAUUAUUACAUAGCAACUUGUUCUCAAAAUGAGGUUGUUUUGAGGGAAUUUUCAAAUUUAAACAAUAUUCUUUUUUAAUAAUUAAUAGAUUUUCCACCUGCAGGCCCUUUAUAGUUUUCCCCUGAUAGAAAGAUUAUGGGUUUUAUUGACACCUAUGGAUGGUUAAGAUAUUGGGACAAUGAUUUAAGGCAACCUCUUUAACCUAAAUAUGUUGGAGUGGAAAAGAUAAUCGAAAAUUCACCCCAACUUUUUUAUUAAUUAAAUCAAAUAGCAAUUGAUUCUACUAAUAGUUAUUUUCUAUUUAAAGGUCAAAAUACUUUGACAUUAUAUGAAUUAUUAAGUGAAAAAUUAGAGUAAAUAAAAUAGAUUACAGCUACUUAAUUUAUUGUCUCAUCUGAUGGAAAAUCCUUAGCAGUAGCUAUUAAAGAUGAAGUCAGUUUCUAUGAAUGGAAAGAUGAUAAUUUCAAUGAAACUUUGAAGAUAUAAUUUUAAAAUUAGAUUUUGUAAAUUCUUACCCUCAAUUCAAAUCAACAAAUUGGUUUAUAAUUUAAUGAUGAUUUAGCUCUAUGGUGUAUUAAAGAUAAGUGUUUUAAAAGGAUUUUUAAAGGCUUCUAAAACAUAAAUAAUUUUUGUUUAAAUCCUUAAAAUAAUGUUAUAGCCUAAUGGACAGAUACAAAAAAAACAAUUAUAUUAUGGAAUAUGAAUUAAAUAAAUCCAAAUUAAUAUUAUAAAAUUUUUGAUAGUGAGGUAUUAAAAGCAGAAUUCUCACCUAAUGGUUAAUUAAUAAUUUUGUAACUUUAAUCUAAAAUAAUAUUUUGGGAUUGUUGGAGUGAUGAAUUAAUUAAUAUUUUAGAUGAAUAAAGUCUAUAUAGUUUUUCUCAAAAUGGUAAUUAUUUAGUUACAUAAUCCUUUAAGGAUGGUAUUAUUCUUUGGGAUAGUUCUAAUAUUUAUGAAUUAUAACAAAAAGCAAAAAUUAUAGACAUAUAUUCAAUCAAAAAAUUUUUUUUUUCAAACAAUAAUAAUCUAGAAACUUUAGCAGUCAUAUCAAAUGAUGGAGAAUUACUAAAAAUUUGGGAAUUGAAAUUUAUUUUAGAUUAACAAAACAUGAUUAAUAUCAAUUCAGAAUUUGAUAACAUAAUCUGCAUAGCUGUUUCUCCAACUGAUCUUAAUUUUGCUUUUGUUGGGGAUAGAUAAAAUAAUGUUAUUAAAAUAUCUGAUAGAGACUAAUGGAAUAUAAAUAGGGAAUUAAGAGGUCAUAAUAAUAAAAUUAUAUAAAUUGAAUAUUCUGGAAAUGGGUAAUUACUUGCAUCAAGAAGUUAAGAUCAUUAUAUAAGAAUUUGGUUUGUAAAAGAAUCAGGUGCUAAUUCAAUAAAAUUACCAAUAAAAUAUAAUCCAAAUUUAUUAGAUAGUUAACAUAUUUGUACUUGGAUUCCGAAUACCGAAUAAAUCUUAGCAUCCAAUGAAGGUGAUCAAAUUAUAUUAUGGUCAAUUUUAUAUUCGAGUUAUGUAAAUCUACUAGAGACUCAAAAUCAAUAACUUCAAUAAUCUAUGAAUAUAAACUUAUAGUUUGAAGUUUAUGAAAAGAGUUAACUUUUUGCAGAUGAGUGUAAAGAUCAGGAAUGUUUAUAAGUUUCCUUUUCACCAAAUGGAAAAUUUAUUGCAGCCUCAUAUUUUGCAUUAAAUAAUUAAGGAUUUUUAAAUGUUUUAUAAAAUAAUUUAAUAGAAAUAAAUCCAAGGAUAAUAAUUUGGAAUAGGUAAAAUAAAACUGUAGUUUAAUCAUUCUUAAUUUUUUCUUGGCAGAGAUUUAAUUUUGAUAAUAAUUCAUCAUCAAUCAUAACUCUUGACUAUGAUAUUGAAAAUCAAACUAAUAUCCUUAAAUUUAAUCCAAUUAAUCAAGAUGUUGACCCAAAAUAAAUCUAAAUAGGAUUUUAAAAUCAGUUUAGUUAUUUACUAUUCUCCCCAAAGAGUGAUUUAUUUCUUGCAGUGAGGGAAGAAUAAUAUUUCAUUAAUCAUUUUUUUUUAUUCAAAUUUCAAGAUUAAGAAUAACCAACAAUAUUAGAUUAUUUUCAGCUUACUUAUGGAUUACCUGUCACUUUUAGUCCUGAUGGCAAUUUUCUAGUUUAUCCUGGUAGAUAGACUAUCGAAUUUAAGAAAAUUUAUAAUACUAAUUUUCCAACAAAAAUAAGACCUCUAAAAUCACAAUAUAAUUGGUCUUAAAUAAAGUCAUUUCAAUUUAAAUAUGAUUAAAUAUUAUUUGGAUUCUGUGAAACCAAAAAUAAAUUCAUAAUAUCCAAAAAUUUAGAGACUGUUGAAUAUAAUAAUGAAAUUCUAGAAUUUGAUAUUAGUUCAGUAUCAUUUUAUGAUAAUAUGAUUGCAUGUGGAGGUAAAAAUGGAAGUGAAAUUGGAGAAGUGCAAAAAAAUUAAGGAAUUGUUAAAAUAAUUGAUAUAUCUAAUUUAGAUGAUCUUAAAUAAGUUCAACAAAUAGAGAGUUUAGUAUCAAUUAUGUAUGUAUUCUUUUCACAUAAUGGAAAAUACUUAUUAGUUUAAGAAUAGGAUUAUAAAAUUACAUUGUUUUAACAAAAAGAUUAACAAUAUUAAGGUGUUUAUUUUAUAAAUUUGACCAUAGAUAUAUCAAGUGUUUGUUUUUCAUCAAAUGAAAAUGACUUUAUCAUCUUAUCAAAAGGUGGAUAAGUAUUUUUUUAUAAUUUUACUAUUUCAUUGUUAUCAUAAUAAAAAGACACCAAUAAUGUAUUAUAAAAAUUUUAUAUAUAUAGACCUUGAGUUUUCUAUAUAGAUUGAAAACAAUACCUAAAAAAUACGAAAUUCAAGCAAUUAAUUGUUAAAUAAAUAAUUCUUAAAUAACUACAGAAUUCAAUAAUUUACAACAUUUAUUUAAAUAUUAUGGUGCCAACUAGGAAACAUGA